CUGUCAUUAGUCAUUACUGGACUCCACAGCUCAUUCUCGUGAGCUCGAAACCCCAACCUCGGUCGAACUUAUGAUUCGCUGCCCAAAGUCCUAACAAAACCUCCAUUGUUCUUGUUCCUCUCCUUAAAUCUUCCUCCUUAGGGCUUCGAGUUUCUCACUUUGUCUUUGUAUUUUGAAGUUCUUCCUCCUUUUUUUUUUUUCUCUUCAUUUCCUUCCCACAUCUAUUGAUAUUGAAUCAGAGAUGAUUGAUUGCAGCUGACUUUAAGUCUUGAAGCAGUGGAAAAUUAAUCGCUCGUGGCGACAUUUUUUUCCUGCUAUUGAUGCGCUUCCGGUGUUAUAGAUUCUCUAGUGUUUUGUGUUAAAAUAGAUUUCUUUAUGAACCGGAUGGCAGAUCGUUUUUGGAUUGUUUUUUUGGCGACGCUUGCUUGUCUCAUUGGAGUUCUCAACGCUAGCCUUGGUGACUCAGAUCCAGUGUACAGGGCUUGUGUAGGGCAGUGUGAGGAGACUGGUUGUGUGGCAGACAAAUGCUUUCAGCACUGCAAAUUCUCAUCUAAUGGUGUCCCUGUUGAUGGUCCCUGGUACAUGCAAGAACCGCUUUACUUACGGUGGAAGCAGUGGGAUUGCCAGAGUGACUGUCGGUAUAACUGCAUGGUUAAUAGAGAGAAAGAAAGGGAGAUGGCUGGGAACAAGCCCGUCAAGUAUCAUGGGAAAUGGCCCUUCAAGCGUGUCUUUGGGUUCCAGGAGCCUGCUUCUGUGGCAUUUUCUGCAUUAAACCUUGCAGUGCAGUUUCAUGGUUGGGUGUCAUUUUUUAUCCUGCUGUACUACAAGUUGCCACUGAGGCAGAAUAAGAAAAUUUACUACGAGUAUACUGGCUUAAUGCACAUUUUUGGAGUCCUGUCAAUGAACUCCUGGUUCUGGUCUGCUUUCUUUCACAGUCGAGAUGUGGAUCUAACUGAGAAGUUAGAUUACUCUUCGGCAGUGGUAUUACUGGGGUACAUGCUUAUCCUGGCUAUCCUACGAACUUUCAGUGUGAGGGAUGAGGCUACCAGAGUGAUGGUUUCUGCUCCAUUAAUUGCAUUUGUGUUAACCCACGUACUAUAUCUCAACUUCUAUCUAUUUGACUAUGGAUGGAACAUGAAGGUCUGCGGUGUAAUGGGUGUAGCUCAGCUUCUACUGUGGGCAUUCUGGGCUGGCAUAACGCACCAUCCCUCACGGUGGAAGCUGUGGGUGGUUGUCAUUGGAGGAGGGUUGGCAAUGUUAUUGGAGUUUUAUGAUUUCCCUCCCUAUUGGGGAUAUCUGGACGCUCAUGCCCUCUGGCAUGCAUCCACCAUCCCCAUCGGCUACCUUUGGUGGAGCUUCAUCAGAGAUGAUGCCGAGUACAGGACCAUGAGCCUCAUCAAGAAGGCAAAAUAGGCAAAUGCUGUCUUGACCUUGACCCUGAUGCAUGCAGCGAUUAUAUCAACAGUGGGUGUUACCAGUUAUGCCACUGCCACAGCUCUGCUUUGUUGUAAUAAUUGGAAUUACCUUCUUCCUUUUUUUUUUUAUGGGUAAAGCUUGUAAGAGUAAACUUUGUAGAAUUUUGUUGUGAGGUCUUUAGUGUCUAGUGUUUGGAGACCAGAUCUGUUUUAUGAAUAACAUUCCUAUCAUUUAUAGUUUGUUUUAUCGUCUAA